AUGAAUGUUGCGCAGCCAUUAGGGGGGGUGCUCUCGCCUCAAGAAGCAGCAGCAGCUGCUGCUGCAGCAGGAGCAGCAGCAGCAGCACCUGCCCCUUAUAUACAUCCUUCUCUAUCUAAUUUACCUGCAGCAGCAGCAGCAGCAGCACCAGCAAGAGGAGGUCUUAAUCCCGAGCAAGCAGCAACAGCAACGACAGCAGCAACAGCAGCAGCUGCUGCCGCCGCUGCUGCUGCCGCUGCUGCUGCUGCACCGGGGGCUGCUCCUCCUCUUUGGGGGCCUCCUGCAUGGGGAGGUGUGCCGCUUAGUGGGUACCCUUCGGGGGCCCCCUUGGGGGCUCCCCUAGGGGCCCCCUUGGGGGCCCCCGUGGGGGCCCCUAUGGGGGCACCUACGGGGGCCCCUGUAGUACCCCAGCUUGAAGCAAUAAAUGUUCGAGUGUCUGCAUUGAUGGAUUUGGUGAGCAGCAGCAGCAGCAGCAACAACAACAACAGCAGCAGCAGCAACAACAACAGCAGCAGCAGCACCAACAGCAGCAGCGGUACCAGUAGCAGCAGCAGCAGCAGUAGCAGUAGCAACAGCAGUAGCAGUAGCAGAAGCAGUAGCAGCAGCAGCAGCAGCAGCAGCAGCAGCAGCAGCAGCACUGAAGAUCAAGAGAAAUUAGCACGUAUGUUAGCUCCUUAUAUAGAUGAACAAGGAAGGGUUUUGCUUCCCCUUAAUGAUGAUUUACUUUUAUUAAAAAGAGGAAUUGAUCUCCGUCUUAUUGAAUUCGAAGAAGAUUGUCUUGCUGAUCCUCUUGAGUUGCAAGAAUUAACACCAAGAACUCUCCAUCAAAGAUACAGCGGAUCUGCUGUGCAGCAAGUUGCAAGAGGCAUAAGCAGCAGAACUAUUUUAAGGCCUUCUAAGAGACAGCCUAUUAAAAUAAAACAAGAUGAUGGUAGGGGGGCCCCUGAUGAGGGUCCCCCUGAGGAGGGGGGCCCCGGGGGUACCCCGGGGGGCCCCCCUGCUGCAGCAGCAGAUGCAGCAGAAGAUGCCCCUGUAUGGACUCGAAUCCUCACAGGAUGGAUGGGAGGGUCAAAGGGGGCCCCACAGGGUCCCCCUGAGGGGGCCCCCAAGGUGGCCCCCAAAGGGCCCCCAAAGGGGGCCCCAUCCAAGGCCCCCCACAAGGAUGAGGUAUAUUUGGAAAGAGGAGAGGGGGCCCCCCCUCGUCGAGGGACAAGAGGGUACAGAAGGGGCCCCUCAAUUGAUGAUAUAGAUAGGAGGUGGGGGGGCCCCUCCUAUGAAUCUAGUUGGUCCUCGGAUAGUUUAAAGUGGGGAGGUACCCAUGGGGGCCCCCGUAUCCUUCAUUCGCGUAGCGACGAGGGGCCCCACAUGCAUGCUGCUACUGCUGCUGCUGCUGCUGCAGCAGCAGCAGGCAAAGGGAAGCGGGGGCCCCCUUCACCAAGCAGUGGGGAAUCAGAAGGUCGUCAUUCCCUCUCUCCCGAAGCCAAGAAGGGAGGCCCCUCUGGGGGGUCCCCAGGGGGCCCCCAGGGGCCACCUCCCCGGCGGCCUACAGACCCAGGGGCCCCCCCCAAGGGGGGGGGCCCUGUACCCAAAUUGUCUCCUGGGGGCCCCGCCGAGCAACUCUUAGGGAGACUUCAAAGAUUGGGAUCGAGGACGAUCCCGUCUCCCCAAGUCGUCUCCCCAGCUGUUUCCCAAAGGGGUGAGGGGGGCCCACAAGAGGGGGGCCCCCCAGGGGGGGAAGGGGGGCCCCCUGAGGCCCCCCAGUCACUGCUACCCUCUAGACAACAAUCUGCUGCCUUCUUAGGGGUAGUUGAAUCAGGAGGGGGAGGGUCCUCUUACCGCAGCAGAGACAGCAGAUCCUCUCUUAGGAGUGGGGCCCCCGUGGGGCCCCCCUCCUCUAGGGGGCCCCCUUCAUCUAGGGGGCCCCCCUCUACAGGGGAUAGGCGCACCUCUGGAGGGGGGGCCCCCAGAGGGGUACAGGAGUACGGGGGCCUGCACAGCGAUACCUCCUCUGAAUCCAGCAGGGGGGCCCCCGUCUCCCCAUUAGACCUUACACGUCUAAGGGGGCCCCCCUCGUAA